UCUGGGAAGACGGGGGCGUUUUCAUCACUUUUACCACCAAAAGCUGCGCAGCAGGCUGAAAAGCAGCAGGAUCCUGUCCGGACGAGCUGAGUCCUUCUGGUUUCUCUCCUCUUGAAUCUGGUUUCAGAUUCACCCGGCUGUGAGUUUACCACCGAGGAGGAAAGAAAGACAGAAAAACAGUCUCAGCUUCCAAAAAAAGAAAGAAAGAAAGAAAACAGAAAGGCGAGCGUCAGAGCCGACAGGAUGUCGGUGAGCAUAUCCAAGGCGGACGGGGUCACCAUGCUGACCAUGACCUCUGACCCCGACAGCGUGUGCCCCCCGCUGUGCCAGGUCCUGAAGGGUCUGUGCUACAGCCCGGUGUGCUGCACCGUGUCCCGCCACAUGAAGAGGAUCCAGACCGGCUCUCUGUCAGCGCUCGGGACGCUGCAGAUCCUCAUCGGCCUCUUCAACAUCGCUCUUGGAGUCAUCCUCAGCACCUCGCGCAGCGGCUCUGAUUGGACGAUGGAUCUCACCGGCUAUCCUUACUGGAUGGGAGGAUUUUUCGUUCUGUUUGGCGUCGUCUGCAUUCUGACGGAGAAGUUCCCCAGUCCCUGUCUGGUCUUCCUCCACUUGGCGCUGCAUCUCUGCGGAGUUGGUUUCGCCAUCGCGGCCAUCGUGCUCUACAGCAUCAACACCGCCAACGUCCGCUUGUGGUGGAUGUGCAACGAAAACAACUACUGGUACGAGCGGACGACCCCGAGCCCGAACCCCGAACUGACCGCCAUGCUGAAGGACAGAUGCCAGGAGGCCAAGGCCCUGAGCCUGGCGCUGCUCCGGAGCAUCAGCUCCCUGCUGAUCGUCCUCUCGGUGGUGGAGCUCUGCGUCGUCCUCAGCGCCUUCGUGUUUGGCGUCAAGUCCAUGAGGAGCCGAGAGGAGAAGCCCAAGCAGGCCGCUGCAGACCUGGACCAGUACCAGCCGCUGCUGCAGGACGCCGCCUGAACCUCCGGCCGCCGCCCAGCUCGGAACGCGCUCCGAUAAUCAGCUUUAUUUUUUUAUUUUUUUACUUCUGCUCUGAUUCUGCAUGUUUGAAGUCUUUCUGCUCCUCCUUAAAGGUAUAAUGAACGAUUUUCUCGUAAAAGUCGAAGCCAAACGUCUGUUACUCGCUUUUGGAAAAACGCGCAUGCGCCAGACCGUCCUCCCUGCUCUGCUGCUCCUACGACGGCGUGACGCAAGCAUUCCUCCAGCGUGAUGGACAUGUCGGAGGACCAGUAGUUGAGAUUCGCAUCACACCAUUCACUGGCUGAAACAUCGUCCAUGAUACCUUUAAGAAUUCCCUCCUGACAAAUAAAGGCACGAAUCACACUUU